UUGAUAUUAUGUAUUAUAUAAUCAGGAAAAAUGUGCCGCCAGUAAAAAAUGAAAAUUCUACAAAAAGAUAAAAGACGGAUUAAGAAGAUAUAUCAGAUCUGACAUGAAGACCUUCUCCAGAAGUACAAACCGAAGAUCUGAGCUAACCUGCUCCAGAACACAAAAGACUUUUCCCCAAUUUUAAAUCUGGCUAAACACACAGAAAUCAGUAAAAAUGUUAAAGAAUAUUCCUCCUGUUGUUGUCCAAGGAUUAAUAUCCCUUCUCUGUGUAUCCUCUUCAGAUCCUAAUCCUUCCAUCUUCCUUUUAACAGAUCCUUCUAGUUCAAACCAAAAACUUACCUACUCUGUCCCUGGUGUUUCCAGUAACCGGAGAAGAAGAGAUGGUUUCGGUUUCCUCCAACAUUCAGUAUCUGAAGAUAUCGAUGAUUUUGAUGACUUUUUCCGCAGCAAGGAAAACACUUUUGGAGAUGAAUAUAUACCGCUAGCGUCGGCUUUAGUGAGUGAAGAUGACUUCCGACACGGUCCUAGUCCGAGCACCUGGAGCAAUAAUGAACGCUUCUUCUUUACACGUCCUCAACAAAAGAGAGGACGACCUUCAAGACCUAGAGAGAAAUUCUUUGUAGGUGACCCGAGCCAGUGCACAACAGGCUCAUGUGAAUUUUUUCUAUUUUGUUGGUUGUCUGGAGGGGUCGUAGAAGGUGGUUGUGGUGGCUUCUUAAUGUCUUGCUGCAACAGACCGAACCAGUUUGGACAUAAGGUCAUAGUUGAACAGGACAACUUUGCCCACCCAGAGGUCAAUUGGGGAGAAGUUCGGAAUGAUCCUCGAUGCGGAAUAUCUGCCGUCCGACAUUCGGUUGCACAGCGGCGAAUUGUGGGCGGAGAUGAGGCAGGAUUUGGUACUUUUCCUUGGCAGGCGUACAUUAGGAUAGGAACAUCUAGAUGUGGAGGAUCUUUGGUUAAUGAAUGGUAUGUGGUAACUGCAGGACAUUGUGUAGCUAGAGCUCGACCUUCACAGGUUCGAGUAACAUUAGGAGAAUAUGUUCUUAAAUCAGACGCGGAACCUCUUCCAGGCCGCACAUACGGAGCUUCUGCUAUUAAAGUACACCCCUACUUCAAGUUUACCCCCCAGGCAGAUAGGUUUGAUGUAGCAGUAAUUCGGUUGAAUAGAAGGGUUGAUUAUGCACCUCAUAUAUCACCUAUUUGUCUUCCUCCAAAGAAUAUGCCGUUACUAGGACACUAUGGUUGGGCGUCUGGAUGGGGAGCUCUUGAACCAGGAUCAAGAUUAAGACCAAAAACAUUGCAGGUUGUUGAUGUGCCGAUGAUCGAUAAUCGGGAGUGCGAACAGUGGCAUCGAGAGAAGGGCAUUAAUGUUAUCAUCUACGACGAGAUGGUGUGUGCUGGAUAUUACCAGGGAGGAAAGGAUUCCUGCCAAGGAGACAGUGGUGGCCCUCUUAUGAUGGAGCAUGAAGGAAGAUGGACACUUAUCGGUCUGGUUUCAGCUGGAUAUUCCUGUGCUAAGAGAGGGCAGCCUGGUAUUUACCACAGGGUGGCCCAAACCUCAGACUGGAUCUCACACUCAAUUAACUCAUAAACUGAAACACCAAAUUCUUCCCCCCCCCCUCUU